CGGCGGCGCGGCCGCAGCGGCCCGGGGAGCCCCGCCGCGCCGCCAGGUCGCCUGUGGUCUGGGCGGCUUCUGAAAGGAGGAGCGCAAAGGAAAAGGUGUCCAUAGGAUGGAGUUAGAGCACCUGAAGAAGCUGCGGCAGGCCAACCAGGACCUCCUAGAAAGGCUCAGAAUAAAGCAGGAAGAGAUCAGAAAAAGACUUUCCAGCAAGCCACUCUAUCCGCUGUCCUUUCAUAAAAAAAUAACUACUGAAAUAUCUGUCCCUGUGCCCAAGAGAGGGAAGGAAAAUCAAGUUGGUGCUGUGAAGGCUGCAGCUGAUCCUGCAAUGUUGGUUUCUGUGGAACCCAGAGCUCAUGCAUCUGGGGCAGCCCUCUGCUCAUCAUUUGGACACGUGACGCUCAGCAGGAAUGGCAAAGGUAAAAAGCAACCACAAGCAAAGAUGCAGAAAGAAGUAGAUCUGGAUUCCAGCUUCCUUGGGAAGGAGCAAAAUGUUUUGCCAGUGUCUGCAAUCAUUCUACAUGGCAGAGAAACAUCCAGAGUGGAUAGGGAUGACCAUGCCUCAGAAAGUCCAGAGAAAGAAUCGUUCAUUCUGGGGCACAGAGAGAACAGAAAACAGUCUGUUCUCCUACACAGUCUCCAAGAGACAGACCAGCUUACAGCUCAUCUGGACUCAUCACUGAGCAAAAUACAAAAUGAAGAAACCAGCAAGCUUAUACUCAUUAAAGAGCCCACAACCCCUAAGUCAAUCCUGCUGACAUCUCAGUCCAAAGAGUUGAAGAAGGAAGCUGGUCAUGUGACUUUUCAGUCUGAGCCUGAAGAAUACACUAUCCCUGUGAAUAGCUGGUCUGCACAUCCUUUCCUGGGCUAUGACUGGAUUGCAGGACUCUUAGAUACAAACUCUUCAGUAGCAGAAAAAUCUGAUCGAUACUUUGCUGAGCUGAAGGCAUUUCGACAGGCCAACAAAGAAGCAUGUGUCCAUGAGCACCAGCUGAAGCUGAAGGCUCUGGAUUAUGUAUUUCCUGAGCAGGAACCAGACUUGAUAACCAGUUCCCAUAAGUGUGUUUACUGUUAUCGAUUAAACCAGCGUCUCUUCACUGUCCCUGUGGAUUCAGAAUCUGCCUGCCCGAUGUGUAAGAUCCCACGAACCUACUGGCCCCCAGAGACUCAGGAGGAGCCAGCCUACAUCAGGGUCAGCAUUCCCAGGUCUACCCUUAUGCCUGCCUACAAAUAUAAAGCCCAUCGCAGGAAAAGUUUUGAACCCACUGACAAUCUGGCUUUACCCUCGCAUUGCCUGGUUGGCUGGGAAAAUGUCAUCCCUUCCAGUAACCACACACUCAGCAGUUUGGAUCUGCGGACUUCACUGAAAGACAAGACUUCUCAUCAUCCUCACCUGAACUUGGUGUCCAGAGUGUCAGGAGGAACCAGAACUGAUCAGCUCCUAAACCUGACCCACUUGCCACACUUCAGGUUUAGCAGUGCCUCUCAGCAGAGGGAGCAAAACAAAUAGGGACACUACAGAGCACCUCUGAAUUUAAAUACUGCUGUCCUAGCUGUGAACCACUGACUUGAUUACCCUGGGAAAGGAUUGGGGCAAGGAAUGGAAGAGACUGAAUUUGAUUAAAAAGAAGUCUUUGAAUCUCCUAGUAAGGAGAUUUUCCUUAUUUUUCCUAGUCAUACAUAUCUGCAAACACCUGAAUACACGUACCUGAAGGUACAAACUUGCCUGUGUGUCCUCACCUUUUCUUUGUGCAUUUUGCAGCUACUUUAAGGAGAUACGUGAGCUUUGCUGCCCAGGACUGGGUAAAGAGAUGUGGGCAAGAUGACUAGUACUGUUACCACUAGGACAGCCACAGCAAAAGAUGCAUAGAGUUCAUCUGCCAACUCAGUGAAGUAAACCAGAAAUGUAAUGUUAAUUCUGAAAGCCAGGGUAAGGAAUUGGCCUAUGAACGGUCUGGCACAAUGUGUUACAUACAGCUGUGCUCAUUUCCAAACAGUUGAGUCAUCUGAAACAUGAUUAUUUAGUUCAUUAAACUUGAACUAUUCAAUAAUUUAAAGCAUCAAAAUCCUAUUUAUUUUAAGUCCAAUGUCUGUAGCUACAGGAGUACAUUACAUCUGAGUCAUUGUGGACCUGAAAAAACAUGUUAAAGUAUCAAAAAGUUAAAUAAUACCUUAAAAUGUCUGUAAGUUAUGUUUGCCUCUGUUUUUUUUUUCAAGGUUUUUGGAGACAAAUUGUACCAAAAUGAAGUGUAUUAUAUGGUGUGAUUUGUUUGAACAGUAUGGUAUGAUCUUACUUUCCUUGUCUAAAAAUAAUAAAAUUAACUUAAAAAAAAAAAAAAAAAAAACUUGAAUAAGCCUGAAAUGGAAAUUCCUUCUUUAAGGAUUCUGUAAGCUACUUUGAAAUAUAUUCUACUAAUAAUUGCAUGCAGAAGCUUUGGAUCAAAUUUAUUUCUGGGAGCUAACUCGACAGAAGCAUUUGGAUUUGCUACAGUGAGAGUUUCAUCUCCUUGCUAUUUACUCUUACUUGUAUAUCCAGUGUGCCAUUUAUACAUCAAGUGUGUGGAUUGACUUUUUUUUAUGCAAGGAAAGGGAAGUUGCAAGAUUAUGAAAUCUUAAUGUGAGAUUGUUAAAAGAGAAUGAAGGUAAAAAGUGUGACUGACCAGUUUAGCUUUGCAUUAUGUAUACAGUGGAAA